CGGCGACGAGAUAUGACGAGAUAGGGUAUCUCGUCAAGCGACUUGCAAUGGCCAGUGAGCAUCUCACCGAGGCGGUUGAAACAGGUGGCAUUGCGUAUUUCGCGGCUGUCUGAGGUGGGGCAUAUGCAGGUAGCAUUUCCGCUCUCGAAAGCCACCGACUCGACGUCGAGUUUGCACACAGCCGAGAACUCCACUACCCCUACACGUUCACCAGUCGUUCCCAUGUCGACGCCAUCGCCGGUUUCGCCUUCCUCGACGGAUCCAACCACUGUCGUUGCACCCACCAGUGCUACCCCGUCAACACCCCCACCUCAGUUGACAGUACCAAUGCCCACAACUCCACCGACGACGACAAAGAAACCAGUGACAACUGCAAGUAGCACGGUAGCUCCUUCCACGAUGAAACCAUCGCCAAACUCUGUUGCACCAACUGCCACGCCCUCUGUUACCCCCGUGCCUUCAUCCAAAUUCCCCACGCCCCGGACGGCAUCCUCGCCUGCUUUGACUUCUCAAGCUACAACCAAUAACCUUGGCACCUCGGCUACCCUUACGUUUACUCCACCCCCGCCACAACCAGACGUCACGGGUCUUGACAACGCCCUCUCCGACUGGAACAACUCAGCUACCUUCGUCCCAACUCAUGUCCAGAUCGACACCACCGUGGCCAAUCCAAGCAACAAUCAGGCCAUGUUGAUAGCUAUCAUUGCGUGUGCAAGCCUCGCCUUGUUUCUCGUGGCCUUCUUUGUCGUUCUGUACGUGCGACGGGCUCGUCGGGGUUCCGAGAGCAACGACCGCACCCGCCGGGGAGACGACGAAGUCUACCUUGGCACCCCGCCGACCUCGACCUUCAACAGGACGAGUCAACAUCCUCGCAACCAGCGCCAGCCGCCCCAGUUGUCGCCUCGCCAACGACAGCACUUGUCCAAACUCUCCCCUCGAUCGUUCCUCCACCACUCGCAGCCCACGCCCACGUCGACUUCCAACGCGUCGUACAUGCUGCCUAGCCCCGUGAACUUUAUCCUCGACCACCCUGGCGGUAAUGGCGUCGAGUACAACAACAGUUUCACCCGGACGGCCAUGGCCAACCGCAGCUUUGCCGUCGACGACAUUCGAGACAACAAUUCCGCGGGGUCGUACCAAUCCGACUCGGCCAAAGGGUACUUUGACCUGCGGCUGUCCACCCCCGCUGGGUCGUCAGGCAGGAGUCUGUCGUUCAGCUACCGCAUCACGUCCCCCGAAGCAAGCAUGCCGCUGUCAUCAGUGUCGCCGCGAAGUGUCAACUCGGACUUGGCCAUGUUGGACGACGACCACCGACGGUCAAGCGGGGAGUCGUCCAACUUUAGCAUUCGUGUGGACAGCAAGGAAGAUCUCACCGCCGACGGGAACAAUGACGAUCUGGACGGCAGUAGCGACCACGUGACCCAACUGCACGACGACGGCGAUCGUAUGAAGACUGCAAUAGACCACCAAGCUCGCCGGACAAGCAGCGUCUCGUCCGACCUGUCGUCGUAUCAUAUUUAAGCCAGUUAUUUCCACGAUGGGACUGUUGCGGUGGUGAACUGGUUCUUGAUGGAGGUUCCUCCAUGAGCGCUAGCUUGGGGAUGGAGGGCUGGAUGGGAAGGGAUGGAUGAUGGCGGUUGUUUGUUCAAUUGCAGUUUGGGGGCGAAAAUCGGAGUGGCUCGAACUGCAUCGACGUUUUCGUGUGCUGGGGGCAUCGGGGGGGCGUUGUGUUGCAAAACACUCACGAGCGUGGCUUGCAUGUCUGCUUUGGCUUGGCUUUCUUGGGUCAAUCGGUCGUGGAGCUGGCGAUUCUGCGCUUCCACCAUACCCCUCCACUGUUCUUCCUUUUCGCGUUGGUCCAACGCCGUUGC